AGAACAGCACAAAAUAGGGUCAACAAGUGUGAUAGAGAUGGAAAUUAAUUCUUUCAACAAGGUAAUAACUCUGUUCCUGAUGUUGAUGCUAUUCGUUGGGUCCUCCGAAGAAAAGAAAUCCACCGAUUGCAUAUCAAAGUGCCUUAUCUCCUGUGCCAAGGGGGACCGCGAUUCGCCACUUAUUUAUUGCUUCUACGACUGCUUGAAGGGAUGCGAGGCCACCUUGCGACACCCGCCCCCGAUCAACUAUUGUGAUCUCGAUUGCGUGACAGAGACAUGCUUGGACCCUUAUACAGAUGCCAAAACGGCUAAAACCUGCGCCCGUGGAUGCUCAAACAUUUGCAAGCAGCCCGGCAAACCGCACUAAUAUCUAGAGGAUUGCAAGAGCAAAUAAAUAAAUAAUCAAGACUUUUUGUACUUUGAGCCGUAAUUCUUCCGUCCCAACCAAGACCAUAAGUUUGAGGUUGGCAAACUCAUUACCCAAUGGCGCGAAUGAUAAUCAUUUUAUUUU